UCUAUCCAAAACUUUAUUACAAUUUUGUGCAUAUCGGUAAUCAAUCUUGUAGAAUUAAAUACUAGCCAAGCUAUGGUCCAAAUGGACGAUGCUUUCCAACUUACAGCUUUAUUUUACUUUUUCUAGUAAUGCGAUUUAGCAAAUAUUGUCAACCUUACCAUGACAGUUUGAGAGGAAUCAAUUCCAACAUUCAAAAUAUAUCUUCUUGUUCUUAAUAAAUCCAAUAUUCCUGCUAAAUUGAUCUUGAAUCAAUUGGUCAACUUUUUAUGCCUCUAUAAUUUUCCUUUUGUUUGAAAUUGUGCUCUGUAUCUUUUCACUCCCAACAAUAUAUAUAUAUAUAUAUAUAUAUCUGCUUGCUGAAAAUCUCUAUAUGCCAUAUAUUUAACCCUCUCCACCAAAAAAAGAUGCAAAAAAAUCACAGAGAGAUUUUCCUUUGAAUUUUCAUUCCAAUAUCCGUGUUUAACUAGUCUUAUCAAUGGCUGUUUUACAUCCAGUAGUCAAUCAAAUUUCUGAGUUUGACGUUGAUCAGCAGAAGCUGAAGAACACAAAGAUGGAAGACGAAGUACUUAAGAGUGGAGUUGCUUCAGGCAGAGUCCAAAAGAUGACAGCUCUAAUUGUUGACGACAACAGGGUCAACCAAACCAUUCAUCACAGACUCUUGCAAAACCUUGGCAUAGAAAACCAAGUUGUUGGAAAUGGCAAAGAAGCUAUUGAUGUUCACUGCUCUGGCAAGAAUUUCGACCUCAUUUUGAUGGAUCUGGAUAUGCCUGUCAUGAAUGGCAUUGAGGCAACAAGAAAACUGCGUGCAAUGGGGAUUCAAAGCACGAUUGCUGGAGUUUCAUCACGCUCUCUCACUGACAACAUUCAAGAAUUUAUAGAAGCUGGAUUAGAUGAUUUCCAAGAGAAGCCAUUAACCAUUGCCAAGCUUGUGUCGAUUCUCCGAAAGGUUCAGAACCAUAAUAAUUGAACUUGAAUAUGGAUUAUGGCAAAGAGGGAUUCUUUUUCCUCUGCUUUUGAACUUAUUUCAUUCUUUUUGUAAUGUGUAUAUAUAUAUAUAUAUAUAUAGAUGACCAAGGUUUAUAUAUAUAUAUGUAUAUAUAUAUAAUAUUUAUAUAUGUAUAGAUUAGAAA